UUAAUUUAAUAAAACUACAAAAAAGAUAAAAAAGUGCAAUAAACAAAUAAUUUUAAAUUUGUUAAAACAAAAACAAAAAAAAUAAUAAAUAAUAAAAAAAUAAGAUACGAAACGCAGACAUUUUGUUGUAGAGUGAAAAUUUUUUAGAUAAAUUUCGUAAAAAAAAAGUAAACGAAAGUUUUCUACUGCUUACUGUUAUGGUAAUUUGUUAUUUGUGUUACAAAGUGGUGUAAUUAUUUACAACCUGUUAGGGAGGCAUCAAACUUGGACUUUGUGGAAAAUCUGGAAAAGUAAAUAUAGAAAAACCUGCUGUUUACACUACACAUAAUGCCAAUAUUACUACACGUACCAAAUUUUCAAUUGGUACAGCUUAGUACAAAAUAACGGAAAAUUUUUAACCGCAAAAUUUAUAUCAAGAAAACUUAUAAAAUAAAUAACAAAUCUUUAAAUGGAUCAACAAAUUUAAAAUUGUAAAAUUUAUGCCUGACCAGAAAAUUCCAUACAACUUACUGACAAAUUGUACAUUUACAACUUGAAAAUAUAAUUUAGGAUUUAGUUAGCAGCUUGAUUAAUAAAAAUUAAAAAAACUAAACAAAAUUAAGUUUUUGCCACAAAAGAAAUCCAAUAUAAAAACGACAAAAUGCAGGUUCCCGAACAUGUGGUGUCAUUUUAUGUGGCAACGUGUGGACAAAAUGGACCCGGUUUGGGUUCAGACGAAAAAGAAAUCAUAUUGCUGGUCUAUGUGAUAUUAGAGGCAGCAACUGGACAGAUAAUUGGUACCAAACAAAUUUUAGUACGCCCCGAGGGUACCUUUGUUAAGGAUCGUACAACAUCUACAUCAUCGGAUGCCUCAAAUACCGCCUCAUCACCACCACUGGCCAUCACAUAUGUCGAUUCUGUUAAUAAUAGCAGUUGUAGCAGUAGUAAUAAUUUAAAUUCAACAAAUAACAGUAUAAAUUCCUUAAACAUCACAAAUAAUAGUUCAACGCCAACUUCACCCACGACCAUUAACAACAGCAACAACAAUAAUAACAUUAACGCCUCUAAUACCAGCAUUCCAUCAACACCGACAUCGGCUACAACCAUCAAUAAUAACAAUACAAUUGUUAAUAAUAAUAAUAUUAUCACAAAUGGACCAACAUCGUUGGCAUCCGUCGAUAUUAUCGAACUUCCAAUUGCUGUUGCUCAGGCUGCUGGAAAGCCACUACAGGAAGCUAUCGAGGAGUUCGAUGAUUAUUUACGUUCAUUAUCGUUGUACGAUACUGAUUUCAAAAUCAUAACCGAUGGUCAAUUGCCCCUGCGUCAGUGUUUACAUCGCGAGGCCUGUGUCAAAGAAAUCACACUGCCUUCAUACUAUAAUAGAUUUUCGGAUUUACGUAAAGAAUUUUCCAUAUACAAAUCCGGUGAUUUGUCCAGAGCCCUGGUGCCAGUUAAAGAUAUUAAAAGAAUAUUACAAAUGCCCGCUACAACGGUACCACAAAGUAUCGGGGAAAUAAUGAAAGAACUGAACAUCACUAGUGUGGACGAUAAUGAAUUUUAUAUUCGCGAAUCUCGUGAUAUGGUCUCGGCAAUACAACAUUUACUUAAAGCAGGUCAUAAAUUUACCGCAAAUGAAACUGUUAGUUUAGUGUUAGAACCAGGAAUUUGUUCAAUUGAUGAUGAAAUUGAUGGAAAUUGUAUUGUAAGAGCUCGUGGUCUACCUUGGCAAAGUAGUGAUCAGGAUAUAGCUAAAUUCUUUCGUGGUCUCAACGUCGCCAAAGGCGGCGUAGCAUUGUGUCUUUCACCUUUGGGUCGUCGUAACGGUGAAGCCCUAAUACGUUUUAUUUCCCAGGAACAUCGCGACAUGGCUUUAAAACGACACAAACAUCAUAUUGGUAAUCGUUAUAUAGAAGUUUAUCGUGCCACCGGUGAUGAUUUCCUAUCCGUAGCUGGUGGAGCUUCCAAUGAAGCUCAGGCAUUUCUCUCUAAAGGUGCCCAAGUUAUAAUACGUAUGCGUGGCUUGCCCUAUGAUUGCACAGCUAAACAAGUGUUGGACUUUUUCACAAAUGGCGAAAACCCUUGCAAUGUGCUGGAUAACACUGAAGGUGUUCUCUUCGUUAAGAAACCCGAUGGUCGGGCUACUGGUGAUGCUUUUGUUUUAUUUGCCAAUGAAAGUGAUGCUCCCAAGGCUUUGGCUCGUCAUCGAGAAUCGAUUGGUCAACGUUAUAUUGAGUUGUUUAGAUCAACCACAGCCGAAGUGCAACAGGUUUUGAAUCGUUCUUUGGAUCCCAAGACCUAUGAACCAAAUCAUCAGCCACCUUUGAUAGCUCAAUUGCCUACAAUGCAAUUGUCUUUGUUGCCACAACAUCUUAUAACAUCGGGUACUACUAAAAAUUGUAUACGCUUAAGAGGUUUGCCUUAUGAAGCUCUCGUCGAACACAUUUUGCAUUUCCUAGAUGAUUUUGCAAAACAUAUUAUAUUCCAAGGUGUACAUAUGGUCAUCAAUGCACAGGGUCAACCCAGCGGUGAGGCCUUUAUACAGAUGGAUUCCGAGGAAUCAGCUCGCUUGUGUGCCCAACGCAAACACCAUCAAUUCAUGGUGUUUGGCAAGAAGUAUCGUUAUAUUGAAGUUUUCCAAUGUUCAGGCGACGACAUGAAUAUGGUCUUGAACGGAGGCUUACAAUCACCAGUACCAGCUGCUCAUGCACACCCCCAUUUGGGGGCUGGCAAACAACCAUCACUUUUAUCACCGGGUGCCUCUGUGCUUGGUCCACCUUUUGGUCAUUUUGGUCCAUUUCCUCCGCCAGGCCCUAUUUUGGCUUCACCUCAUCGUGCUCCUCAUCAUCCGCAUGGUCCUACACAUCCACCGCCACAUCCAGCGGCAUUUUAUCCACAUCCUUUAGUUUAUUGGCCAUAUCCAAGUCCUCCAGUAUCGCCAACUACUUACUUUAAUCAGCCUACACAUUCGCCUACUCAUGUGCCUGGUAGUCAUGGACCACCUAUGUAUUCUCUCGAUUAUAUACCCGCUGUACAACCAACAAAUUACGCUAAUCCAACAUCACCACUAAGUCCUCCUACAGUGGGAAUUCCCACAAAUACUAGUGGCCUAAUACUCUCACCAAAUAAGACACCAACUAUGGCCAUAGUGCCAAAUCCUAAGCAAUAUCCAGCAGUUGGAGCUGGACCACCAACACAAUCACCAACUAUAACACCCAUCACACCCACCUAUCACAGUAAAAUGGCUUUACCGCCACCACAUCCACCACCAACACGACAUACUCACACAAACAUCUAUCAUCACUAUAGUUCGCCACCGCCUAUGCAAACUGCCGUAGUUUUGGCGGCACCGCCUAAUCCAGCAACAGCAAUUGUAAAUACACCACCAGUUGGCGUCUUAAAAACGUCUCCAAUUGAACAGCCAUUGCUUGCCAUCGAUACCAGUCAUACAGUAGAACGUAAUGCUUUAAAAACUAAUGCGAAACUGAAAAAUUCAUCCUCGAUAGCUGCAGCAGUGCCGCCGGCUGUAACUGCUAAGGCGGUUGUAGCAGCUACAGAUGCCACCACCUCUACUUCAUCUUCAAAUACAUCCACUGCUGCUAUGAAUGGUACAACUGCUAUAGUCACAAAUCACUGUGUGGAAUUGUAUACAUCAUAGAAAAUACUAAAAGCAUUACAAGCUUUAACUAUUUCUAAUACAAAAACAAAAAAGAAGUGCUACUUUAUAAUCACAAACAACUACAACAAAAAUAAUUGAGAUUUCUAUUAAAAAAAGAAUUUUAUUUUAUUUAUUAAACAAAUCAAAUCAAACCACAAUUCCUAAUCUUGCCAAUAGAUGGCCCAUCUAUUAUUUAUUCUAAUAAUUUAAAUCACCUUGCAUGUGGUUGUUGCACAAACUCAAAGUUUAAGCCAAGUUACAAACCUUUUAGUCUAGAAUAAAUUUUUUCAAACCAAACGAAUCUCGAAUGCUUACAAAACGGCUCCUUUAAAUUAAAUUAAAAAACAUUCAUUGUGUCCUCAUUUCAAACUCGUUUUGUUGUUUGAUCCUUUAAACAACAAAUGCGAGUAUUUUUAGUUAAAGUUUUUUUUCUAUGUUUAUAAAUUAAAUUUAAACAAAAAUUAUGAUAUUGAAAUACUGAAGAAAAUAGCGAAAAACAAUUAGUUAAUUAAAAAAAUAUAUAUUAUUCUAACAAAUUAGCCAGAAACUAAACUUCGCUUCUUAAAUUAACUAAAUUAAUUAAUAUUUAUGCAAUUUUCACCAACCAUUUAACGAAGUGAAGAAAAAAAGAAAAAGAAACCAGUGUGCAGUCUUAAGAAAUUAUUUGUCUAACAAAUAUAAAAUUUCUUUCUGGUUAGAAAAUUAAUUUAUACAAAUUUUGCAUGUUAAACAUUUUAUACAAAUCUUCUAGUGAAUAUAAUGAAACCAAUAAUUAAUACAAUUUCACAAUUUAUUAAAAUAAAAAAAAAAAAAAACAAUAAGUAAUCACAUGAAAAUAUAUAACGAAAAACAAAACCCUAGUCAAUAGUAAAAU